CCCGGGCGUCGGUCAUUGGCAGCGCACGGCGUCCACAGUCACCCGCUCCCUGCCACCUGUCCCUACACACCUGUCGAGCGGGCCGCUCUACCUCCAGGGGAACUAGGGCAGUUAUGAAGCUCCGUCCGUCUUCUUAGCUACUGCCACCGUCACGCAAGUUCGGUGUCUGCAGAGAGGAUGCCCUGUGUCCACCAUUGAGACGAGCGAUGACACCCCAACCACCGCUGUAUGGUUCUGCCAGUUAGCUGUGCGCAUUACAAGAGGAGGCGCCCUAUGGGCAGACGGCGGUGCUAGGGGGGGCAGCAUGGUCCUGUGGGCCGCGCUGCUCGUUCUGCACGGAGCUGGCUGCGUAGGUUCGAUGCCCGGAGCCAGCAUGGUGCCCGAGAACAUCACGGUGAUGUUCCUCAGCCCUACCACCAUCAAAGUGUCGUGGGCCACCACGAGUGACGUCAUGGCCGACAAGUUCGACGUCAUGUACAAGCCGACUGACGCCAGCUACCGCGUGGUGACAGUGGUGGCGGGCAACUCGAGGUCUGUGGCGCUGGAUGACCUCAAGGCGGACACGCAGUACCAGCUGACGGUGACUGCAGUGCGCUCCGGCCGCAAGUUCCGCAGCAGAGCCAUCGUCUUCCGCACCCUCGGAUUCAAACAAGAAACUACUACAAUUGUCCAAAAGCCUUCUGAUGAAAUUCUUCCUAUUUCCAUCACCACCCAGACUACAACAGAAAUACCACGCACAUCACCUCAGAAAGAGGGAUCCAUGGCUACGCCUGUAACUGAAGGUGGUCUGCAGACGGAGGAGAUAAUAGGAGGUCCUCCAGAUGAUGAUAUGCAUACACCUCCAUACAUACAAGUGCGAGGUGUAGAAGUAGGAAUAGUUCUGCUUGUACUUGUUGUCUGGGCUGGAGCAAUUGCACUCUUCUUCAAUCGAUGGGGGAAGAUUCGAAUGCUUCUACCAUAUCAGCCUGACUACAAGGAGCAGCUUAAAGUUCCUGGUCCUCCUGUGGGUAGUGGUUGCUCACAAGGUCAUGGUACAAGCCAGGCUUGUCCGCAGGGGUGCUGCGUUCUGGAUCACUGUUUCAACUAUCCGCGCCCUCAGCCACCCAGAGACUGUGGAUGUCGUUUCGCACUCUUGCAUCGUGCAGACACCUAGCACAUCUGCAUUGGUCAACACACCAACGUUUUGAUAUGGACCCAUGGAUUGGCCGUUCAAGGCCAAGGGUUAACUCAGCUAUAUUUAUUAGCUCUGGUGUACGUGAUUCUGAAUUUGUUCAG